AUGCGCUCCAGCAAGCAGCCCUUCGACGAUGCACAAGUUUACCGAGUCCCAAGCAAACAUCCUCGUCUUCAACAUAGCCUUGAUAGUGAAGUAUUUUUUCUUCCAGAAAAAAAUAAUCUUGACAAGGUCAAUUUGAUCAAUGCAAAUUACAGGCAGUCUCCUUUUCACCCGCAUUACCAAAUCCUUGAAGUGUUGGGCUGUCAUGUUGCCUCGUUGUUUGUUUCAAAGCAACAACACCAUCAACACUUCACUUUUCGCAGCACUAAUUCGAGGAACCGACAUUUUCUACAUAAUAUUGUGCAAAUCAAAUGCACACCACACCACCAAUUUAUACAAAUUGAUUGUAGCAUGCUAUAUCACUUUCACCUAUCAAUCUAUUAA